AUGACUCAGCCACCCGCCUAUAGAACAAAUCUAUUCUCCAGAAACCAGAUCCAAGGGAGCAACGUUGAAUCCACAAAGAAAGACAAGUUCUUAAACGGCGUUGUAAAGGAUGUGAAGGAGCUGGAGAAUCAGCUGAGAGAGAUGAAGUAUCUCCUCAAAGACGCUAGCCGAAAGCCGCAUCAAUGCGAGAGCGUGCGCGGCUGGAUAAGCGACGCGAGAGAUCUCGCAUACGCAGCUGAAGACGCAAUCGCAGUAUACGCCGUCGAGAGCUAUUCCCAUUGGUGGAAACGAUAUGCCGGAAUCUAUCCACUCCACCACCUGCAGUCCGAGAUCUCUUGCAUCAAGUCCUCCAUAGCAGGACUCCGAAAAAGCAUGCAAGACUACGGCAUAAAGAGCAUCUUAGACAUAGACAGAGCCGGAAGCUCUGACUUAAACUGGUCCAGGAGAACGUUCCCUGAUUUUCUCGUGGAAGACUGUUUUGUAGGGAAGGAGGAUGAGCUGAGAACGCUUGUUUCUCGGCUUGUCGGCGGCGACAGCCACAGAGUUAUUUCAGUAUGGGGCAUGGGUGGCAUAGGCAAAACCACAAUUGCCAAAAAUGCGUACAAUCACAGGACUGUGACAAGUUUCUUUGAAUCUUUCGCGUGGGUUUGCGUUACUCAAAAGUGUAACGUUCGAUCAGUUUUGGAGGAUGUUCUGAAGCAGCUAGCGCCAGAGAGUGUGGGAGGCGUUUCGAGUCUUGGUGAUAUGCAGUUGAAUCAGCAGCUCUGUCAGAUACAAAGUGCUAAGCGAUGCCUGAUUCCCGCACCUCGCAAAGCAAAAUCUUGA